GCGCCGCGGCUGCGGGGGGCGCUGCUCAUCCAAGGUCGAGGGCGCCGCAAGAAGGCUCACAAGGAUGCCAACCAGGGCGGCCCGCAACCGAGCCACCACCAGCAGCCCCGCGGGGCGCGGGCCAGGCAGAAGCGCCCCCCCUGGGAGAUCACGAAGCAGCAGCGUCAGGACAGCGAGCUCGCCGCCUUGCGCAAGCAGGCCGACGAGCUCACCGCAGCCAAGACGAAAGCCAAGCUCGAGGCCCUCAGCGACCUCAAGGCCGAGCUCAAGAAGCUCGCAGGCGGGGAGCAAGCGGCGAGCUGCGUCGACGCCGUCGAAGCCAAGUGCACCGAGCCUCCGAAGCCGAAGAGCAUCACCGCGCUGCAGGGCCAGAGGAACAAGCUCCAGGGCCAGCACCAGAAGGCAGUCUUCAGGGCUCAGGAGCUCGAGGGCCAGAGGGCAAAGCUCGACAAGCAGAUCAGCGACGCCGAGAAGCACGCCACAGAGCUCAAGGCCAAGCUAGAGUCCGCCGACGCCGAGAUCGAGCACCGCCACGCCGCGGGGUGUCUCGGGGACGGGCUCGAGGGUUUGGCCAAGGUGCUCGGGCAGUUCAAGUCCACGGCGGUCGACAGCCAGCACCGGCUGGCGCUUCUGCUGGCAGCAGUGGCGGGGUUGGGCUGCGCGCGCAGAUGGCGCGGCAGCUGGAGGCCAGCCGCCGACAUCACCUUCGUUCAGGAGACAAGGAUUCGCGUAGGAGGCCGCGAGGGGCUUCAGCGGUGGCAUUGGAAGCGCGGCUUCGAUCUCGACCUUGCAGCAGGGCCCAGCACAGGCGAUGGCCCACGGGCCGUCUCAGGAGGAGUAGGCAUCGGUGUUCGGCAACAGCUUGCGGUCACCAUGCUAGCCACCAAGUGCCUCCAACCCCACCGCGUGCUCAGUCGGACGGUCAAACUUGGAGACAGGCUCGCCAUCGACCUCGCGUCCGUUUACCUCCGCGACGGCGAAGGCAUGAGCGAGGCCAACGGAGACAUCCCCUGGGACCUUGCAGCGCGGCUCAGGGUAGCCCAACGGUCCUCGGUCCUCGCGGGGGACUUCAACAUGGGCCCACUCCAGGCGGCGGCGUGGGCCACGUCGGCUGGACGCGACGUGCUACACACCGGUGUUGCGACGUGCAGGGCGGGCGCCCUCGCAGAGCUCGACUUCGCGGUCAUCGCAGACGAGCUCCAGCCUUUCGUCUUCAGCCACGGGCCUGUCCCGGGGGCCCCUAUCGGCCCACGCAGCCCAGUUCUUCUAGAGCUCCGAGGUCUGCAUGCCGACGCUACAGUUCAGCAGCUACACAGGACGGCGCGUCUCCCCUUCGACAAGGCGAUCGGCUGCUUCCCCAGGGCCCCGCUGCCAGACUCGUCACGGGGAGAGGGGGCACCUCCCCCCUGCCCGAAGGCUGCCAUGAAGGAAUGGCUGCGACAUGAUGAGGCCCACCUCCCCCCGCCCUUCGACCUGCACGGCGAGGGGGCCGAGAAGUUCUCGGGCAGGGCCGAGGGCGCGCGCUUCGCCAAUGUCCCGCUGGCAGAUGCUAUCCGCCGCCGCUGGGCGCAGCUCAGCUCGCGAGCCACCCGUGCAUGGGGCGGCCUGGUCAGCUCGCUGCAGCGCACCGACCUGCUGGCGGCGCGUGGGGACGACAGUCACAGCCUACACAGCCAUCGCAGCCGCCUCGGCACGAUCAGCAUUCCCGACUACGACGGCAGCGAGGCCCCUCUCAGCAGAUGCGAGCUGCCCAAGGCCGCCACCUCGAGCGACGCUGGCCUUCGGAGGAGGCCCAUCGAGCACGCGCGGGCGCGGCGGCAGGCCAGCCGGCGCAGCGACGCAGCAGCGGCCUGCAAGCAGUGGCAGGCAGUGGAGCACCGCUUCAAGGAGUGGCUGCCCCUCUGGUGCGACACGCGUCGCAGGGGAGGGCUAGAGGAGGCAGCCAGCUGGAAUGCCCCAGGGCAGCUGCCCAACCUCGAGGCCGACGACCUCAGCUACAUCCGCGACACUUGCUACUCCUAG